AUGGAAACGACGAAGGAGAACGGAGGGUCGUUUGCGGUCGACUUGAACGAGAACGAAGAAGAGGGAGGGGGAGGAGGAGGAGGAGGGAGAGCGGGGCUCAAAUCUUACAUCGCACUCAAAGACCACAACGCAGCGCUGCGAGCCGGUGUCAGCGGGGGUCAGGAAGCCGGGAAGGGCCAUUUCGAUGCGACCGGUAACGAGAGGAAUGUAAACAGAGACGCCUCCGUACAGCCGCCCACACACGACAGGGAGAUUAUGUUGGACUUGGUCUCGGCGGAGGAGUACCUCCCCGGCCGGUUGACUGACAGAUGUGUGAUUUCGGGGGUUUGCGACGACCACGGCGGGCUGAACGGAUUUACUGAGUCAUUCGGUCAGGAGGAGCCGACAAUGGUUGGGCUGGAAGGAGGAGGAGGUGGAGGGGAAGGAGGAGGGCUCGGCCUCGCAGGGACCACAGUAGCUUCCUGUCCAGCUGUGCUCCUGGGUCGGGUUUCGGCAGAGACGGGCCGACAGUUGCGGCAGCAUCCUGCGGGGGAGAGCGAAGGGGAAACCCCGGAUUCUGACGACGUUACGCCGGGAGAAGAGCCGACCGACGGUUGCGCAGUCACCGGCUGCAUCAGGACUUCUCUCGCCCUCGAUCGGCUGCCAUGCACGGGCAAGCACCAGCGGAACUGCGCUUGCUCCGCGACGGCCCUCUCCGGUCCAGAUGUAAACAUGCCCAACGGAGACGCCGACAGUCCGGGUUACGAGGCGGACAUCGCCUACUGUAAACCGGUGGGGGUGUUUUCCAGCCCGCGGCUGGGCCACAAGCUCGGUUUAUGCGACGUGGACUGUGAGGAAGUGAAAGUAGCCAACGGUGGUUUGCACAUAGUGAACGCCACCAGAGCAACAUGUGACUGGCCAGACUCCGACUAUUUCCCCGAAAAUAGCGCCGACAUUCAUUUCGACCUGGGGGCAAGGCCGGAAAACGGGCCUGGGUCGGGGUUUUGUGAGAGGAGCGAGAGCGACUGCAGCGGGACAUUGUUCUCUCAGUGCCCGGGGGAGGAUGCACCAGCUGCGGCUGAGCUCCCUCACUUCCCCGAUCCCUCCGCCCCGGUCCCGUCCAGGGACUCCCCCACCCUGGGAUCAAGUGCCAAACUCCCCUCGCCCUGCCCGUCAACCCUCUCCAACGUUAACGGUGGCAGCCCGCUCUCUGAACCCAACAUCAGGGAGGAUGAGGAUGAGGAGGAUUUCAGUGACCUUAGUUUGCCCGUCAGACCACACAGUUUGAGGACUAACCCCAACCUCACGGUGUCCCUCAGCUGCGAUGCCACCCCGCUGUCCCCCGACGAGCUUGGGGGCUUUUAUUUCGGAGACGAGGGCUACAAGGAGGACUUGCGGAACAUUUUGGAAGCGGGUCGGAGGCAGAGCGCUCCGGACAAACUGCCGGACCUGAGCGGACACACAGACAGCUCUGACCCCAAGCAGAUGCCAAAGAGGUUCGGCAUCGCUGAUUUCUUCACCAGGAGCCUGUUUUCUAGGAAAUCCAAAGAGCCCAAGGCGUUGGCCCAUAAUGCAACAGGGUGGCGUCUGUUCGGCAGGACGGCAGCCAAAGAGGGUGAUCCAACUAAAGACCCCGCCUCCACAUUGUCCACACAACAGGACGAGGAGGAGACGGACUCAGCUGUGUCCUCGUGUCCCCAGCUCCCCCCGGCCGCAGUGAGGAGGAAGAACCUGGAGUUUGAGCCUCUUUCCACCACAGCUCUCAUCCUGGAGGACCGGCCAUCGAACCUUCCCGCCAAAUCACUGGAAGAAACCCAGAGACACAAACUGGAGUACGAGGAGAUGGUGGCAGGAGCCAAGAGGAGAGAGAUGAAGGAAGCCCAGAGGAAGAAGCGUCAGAUGAAGGAGAGACACAGACAGGAGGACAGCAUCUCCAACGCCAUGGUGAUCUGGAACACCGAGAUCCUGCCAAACUGGGACACCAUGAAGGGAACGAGGCGGGUCAGGGAGCUCUGGUGGCAGGGACUUCCUCCCAGUGUCAGAGGAAGAGUGUGGAGCCUCGCCAUCGGCAAUGAGCUCAACAUCACACCAGAGCUGUAUGAGAUCUUCCUGUCCAGAGCCAAAGAGAAGUGGAGGAGCUACAGUGAAACCAGUUCAGUCAACGACAGCGAGAGCGAGGGGGCGUCCCUGGCCGACAGAGAGUCCAGCCUGGACCUCAUCAAACUGGACAUUUCCAGAACCUUCCCCUCUCUGUUCAUCUUUCAGAAGGGCGGUCCGUACCACGACCUCCUCCACAGCGUGCUGGGGGCUUACACGUGUUACAGACCCGACAUCGGCUACGUCCAGGGCAUGUCAUUCAUCGCUGCCGUGCUCAUCCUCAACCUGGAGGAGGCCGAAGCCUUCAUCACCUUCGCCAACCUGCUCAACAAACCCUGUCAGAUGGCGUUCUUCAGAGUCGACCACGAACUGAUGUUGAAGUAUUUUGCAGCCUUCGAGGUUUUCUUUGAGGAGAAUCUGCCUCGUCUCUUCAGCCACUUCCAGACCAACAACCUGACCCCCGACCUCUAUCUGAUCGACUGGAUCUUCACUCUGUACAGUAAGUCCCUCCCGCUGGACGUGGCGUGUCGAGUGUGGGACGUCUUCUGUCGGGACGGGGAGGAGAGCUUGUUCCGGACGGGGCUGGGGAUCCUGCGUCUGUUCGAGGACGUCCUGCUCCAGAUGGACUUCAUCCACAUCGCUCAGUUCCUGACCCGCCUGCCGGAGGACCUGCAGUCACACACGCUCUUCGCCGCCAUGGCCAACACACACAUGAUCAGCAGAAACCGCCGCUGGGCUCAGGUGUUUUCUGCGAUGAUGAAGGACGGAACUAAAGACAUGGACAAAAACGCCAGCCCGGCUUUGAGAAGCUAACACUAGCUAACCUUGACGCUAAUGCCAACUUUCUCCAAACUGAAACUCGGCCACGAACAUCACGAACGUCGGAGGUAAAUGUUAGCUCGCCGUGCUAGCACUGCAGCUAACAGCAGAGGCUAGCUGUGACGCUUGAAGCUCCGUAGCCCGAAGCUAAAGCCUCCGCCCGGAGGUUUAGCUACGAAGCUUGAAGUGAAGGCAAGCCGGCCGCGAACGAGCAGAGCGGAGCUGUCAGUUUCCUGAAACCUGCCGGUGCCGCAGCGGGAAACCAACGAGUUUGGUUAAUUCUGAAUUUCAGCAGCCAGUCAGUAUUUCAGAGAGGUCGUUCAGAGAAGUGACGGAUCGUUUUGGCAGCAGUGUCACGACGUCACCAGCGAGCAGAAAAUUAAAACCGACUUUCAGACAAUAAUAUGUGUUAUUUCCCGGCUGGCUGGGACGGAAAACUCACUGAAUCCUGCCUCCAUGUCGGACACAAACACCACUAACACCGAGCAUUACGCCCUGUGUAAUUCUCAAAGACUCUAAUUCUAACUUUAGGUGCUAACGAUUUUUCUAAAGGCUUCAGAAAUGACCUCUGUGGUUUAAUUAUUAAUGUAGGUCCUCGUGGUUUUGACUUCACACUAUGAUUCAUUUGCUGCGUCUUUAGCUUGAAACAGGCCUCUGGGUUGAAAAUUAAUGGGAAUCUGCGGUAGCAUGGCUGACGCUAAUAUGCUAAUGUCCUGGUUGUAGCUGAGAAAUUAGCCUCUCACAUUAACAAGCUUUUUCAUAUUUUCACAUGUAGGCAACCCCCCCCCCCCGAACACGAGGAGGUUUGGAAACAAAGUAGUCUUUCUAAUCAUUACGUAGGAAUCAAUCAACACUCAUCAGUGCUCCUAAUUAAGUACAAGCAGACUAUGACUCAGUACUUUGUGAUUUUGAUGUUUUUACAGGAACUUAAUGAUUCUGGGCUCCAGAAGUCUUAAUCGUGGAUUUAGAAACUCACUGCUGGUGUUUAACCAGAAAGAUGUUUUAAAAAACAUCCUGUUUGUCACAGCUAGCUCUGCCAACAUGGAGUCAUAUCCAGAAGUGUCACUUUUCAUCACGUUGUUUGGGUCGAACUUACCCACGAACAGCGAAUGAAGACGUGUAAAUAUAGAAAUGUGGGGCCGUCGCAGGUUUUAAUCAGUGUUUGAGGAUCCAGAUUGACUCUCAGAGCACUUUAUCACUGCAGCUACAUCAUGAACGCUGGCUUUAAAGGAGCAGAACACUUUCAGACCGAAUGAACGGGGCAUUUAGUGACUCAGCGUUUUCGAUCAGCUUUUCCACGUAGAUUAGACGGAAACACGCAGAAUACUGGAGCAGCAGGACCGGCUUGGCUUUUAGAUUUUACACUAGUUUUAGCUCGAGAAUGAAGCUUCUUAUUCUUUGCUGCAGAGCUUUUCUCGCUCGUUUCAUCGUCUGUGAAAAUGCAAAAAGAAAAACAGACUGGAAAUUUAUAUCGAUGAGCGAUUCUUUAAAAAAAUGCCUGCGAUGCAGUAGCGUUUCAUACGAGGAAUUGAAAAUAUAAAUAUUUUUUACUUAAUUUUAACACGUGAACAGCAGGAUAUCUUCCUCUAGAACUCCAGAGUUUGACUCAACUUUCCUCAAUUUUUGUGAUGUUUUGUAGAGUCUGCUGCUGAUCCUGAUACGCCCCCCAGUGUUCAGUGGGUGAACUGCAGACACAUAACUAAAGCUGAAACAAUUAGCUAAUUAAUCAGAUAACAGUUUAAUCAUUGAUGAACGGUGACUCAAACAGUGUCUGAAUCCUCUGAACAUUUUUUAAUAUUUCCUGACAUUUAUAGAUUAAGACAGUCGGGCUGCAGCCAGUGAUUAUCGCCGUUAUCUGUUAACUGAGCACAAAGUGACGUCUUCAGAUCUCUUGUGUUGUUUGACCGACAGUCUGAAAACACAGCAGAUCUUCACAUUUGAGAGGCUGGAAACAGCAAAUUAGAUUGUUUUUAAAGAUGAAAGAAUCAGUCGAUUGACAGAAAAUGAAUCCAUUAAUUGUCAGAUUAACUGCAGAUCUAUAAAUCAUGUGAACACUCCGAAUGAACUAAGACGUUCACAGAAGUUACUCAAAGCUACAGAGAUCAGGUGAUCUGCCUGUGCUCGAGGCCCACAGUGAGUCCAGGUGUGAAUUAUUCAAAUCUGGAUUAUAAUCUGAUAGAGACAGUACGUGGGGCCCGUCGGGUCAUGUGACCUGUUGAAGUGCAUUACAUCACCUCCGCCUCUGCUCCGAACACUUUGUGUUGAACACUCCUUUGAUUUACGCACACUGUAAAUGUAACCUUCACCUCCAUUUCAUCCCUACCUCUCGAUCACACACACACACACCUGGUGAUGACUUACCCCCCAGCAGACGAGCCGGCCUUAAACAUGUGGACCAAGCAGCCACUUUGUCGCUUUAUCGCAGCUUGUUGAGCAAACCUGGAGGAAGAGAGAGGAAGAGGAGAUGAAGCAGCAUUAAUUCUACUUUUUUUUAAAGUUCUACCCACCUUUUUUUUUUUUUUAAGUGAAGCUUGUUGUUGCUAUGACGUCAUUGCUGCCAUUUUUAUUUUCUGUUUAAGAUAAUUUCCAGUUUUUCUUAGUUACUUUUAAACAACAAAAAAAGAUUUAAUUUCCUCCAGGCUGCUUCUUCGUGUUACACCACAUGACUCCAUGAAUAAUUUGUUGUUGUACGUCAACCAACCAGAAGCCAGUAUCCACGUGUGCGAGCUGACGAACCAGCUGGUCACCAUUCUCAUGUCUUUUAAUGUGUUGAUGUUUGUACGUGUUCAUUGAGUCUCUCUGAAAGAGAUGCUUUACAUUCAGUGGAGGUGGUUCUUCCUCUACACUCAAACACAUCCUCGUAGUGAGACGCUAACAGGAAGUGCUGAGCGUUUUCAAAAUAAAACUUGACCAAAGUAUUAAAUACAACCCGACAGUCGAAGAUAGAGGCUGCGGAUUAAUCCAGAUUAUCAAUGAUGUGUUGGAAGCAGCAAUGAAUUUCACAUGACCCAAAAAGUGGAAUCAGCUGGCUUCUCAGUUACAAGCAGCACUUUCUGAUUUACUUCAGCACACACACACACACACACACACACACUUCUGUUUCCACGAUGACGAGUCAGACAGUGAGCACUUUGUGAACACGAGCUGUUUUUGAAUGCAGGUACACUAAUUACACCGAGCUCGCCGAUGAAGCAGAGAAACUGGUUCGUCAGCCGUUAAUGAAACAUUUUCCCGUUGAGGUAAACUCCUGUCGCUGUGAUGUCAUCUUGCAGGAAACAGUUUCUCAUUAAUGAGCAGCUUCCUUCCCCGAAUCAUGACAUCACCCUUUCACAGAGCGGAUGCACUGAUGUGACCAAAAACAUCUGCGAGUUUGGGGCGACUCGUGUUUAACGUGUAACUUCUGGACACGCAGUCGGCGGUGUGACAACCUCUUAUCUCCAAACUGUCGACAGACUGUUUGUCUGCUGAUCGAUCCUGAGAGUUUUUCCUAAUCUGAAAAAUACUCUUAACCCUUAAAGUUGAACUUGAAAAUGUUCAAACUUGGACUGUGAGAUCAAAGUGAAAACACUUUUUAAAUUAACUCUAAAAAAAAUGUUUGAUUGAAAUCAGUUUGACUAAAAUCAAGAGUCUGUUUGACCGAACUGUAAAAUGAUUGAAGUUGUGGAUUAACUCAGAUUUCUUGACGGUCUUUUUGAAGGACAGAUCUCUUCAGACUGAUCCUGUAGAUUCAAGGUUUGUUCCAGUAUUAAUGUGAACGUUCACGUUCUGAAUGUUUGAGGAUCUGUUUAAACUGAAGCAGGUUUUGUCAUGAUGAGUUACUAACAGCUGAAAGUUAAGACAGAUUAACUGUUAUUGUUACACCGCUGUGCAAAUAAUCUUUACAAAGAGACGGAUUUUCUGUUUUCAGACAGUUUCUCAGUAUUGACGUGAAAUAAAACGUCAGCUUCCGUCGACACGUUUUCAGUGUUGAGAAGUCAAACGAUGUGAAACCCUGAACGAGACGCAGGACGAGAGGAUGUCAUGUGUGUGUGUGUUCGUACUCACGGUCACUGUUUGGACUCGGUGGCGUCGGUAUAAUUACCCAGAAUCCUCGGCUGCUGGGUGUCUCGCGUCACUCCAGAUUCAGAGAGCUGCAGAGAGAAGACGGGAUCAAUGUGACGCUUCCUCCCACCUGUUCCAUGUAUUCACGUAUUUAAGUUCAGCUUUGCUUUCAGUUGGAUUUUAUACUUUCAUGUAAAUUGUUUCAGCUUUUUGUUUGUUUUAUGUGUUUUAUUGUUUUCUGGUCAAACUUCAGUGUACAGUUUUUUUCAUAAUGCCUUACAGGUGAUGUAAAUAAACUGUAAAAAUGUUCUUUCUUUUCAUAUAAUGGCCACUAGUUAAAUGUGUAAAUAAAUAUCUCAGCAAACUGA